AUGGAUCCCUCCUCUUCACAACCCACCACACCGCCGUUCUUUGGCCUCCGAUCAUGGGUUUCUCAAGCUGUCGUGGCGUCGUUUCUUGCCGGCGGUGUGGCUGGCGCAGUGUCGAGGACAGUCGUCUCCCCACUGGAAAGAUUAAAGAUUUUGUUACAGGUGCAGAGCACAGGCAGGACCGAGUAUAAGAUGAGCGUACCCAAGGCGUUGGCAAAGAUCUGGAGAGAGGAAGGUUUCAAGGGCAUGAUGGCUGGCAAUGGCACCAACUGUGUACGGAUCGUGCCGUACAGUGCGGUGCAGUUUGGUAGCUACAAUCUCUACAAACCAUUCUUCGAGCCUUCACCUGGCGAGCCUCUCACACCUGUCAGGCGACUGUGUUGCGGCGCAAUAGCGGGUAUCACCUCUGUCACAGCGACCUACCCUCUCGACAUCGUCCGAACGCGCCUAUCCAUCCAGUCUGCAUCAUUCAGCGGUCUCUCGAGAUCAGAAGCCGAGAAGAAACUACCCGGUAUGUUUCAAACUCUGGUACACAUGUACAGAAACGAGGGCGGUUUUCUGGCACUCUACCGCGGAAUCAUUCCGACCAUUGCGGGUGUGGCUCCAUACGUGGGCCUGAACUUCAUGGUGUACGAGAGCGUACGGCAGUAUUUUACUCCAGAGGGGAAGGAAGCGCCGUCGUCAGUCGGCAAGUUGAGCGCUGGUGCUAUAUCAGGCGCCGUGGCACAGACCCUCACGUAUCCAUUCGACGUUCUUCGAAGACGCUUCCAAAUCAACACCAUGUCCGGCAUGGGCUACAAAUACAAAUCCAUCUUCGACGCGGUCAGGACCAUUGUCGCCCACGAAGGUAUUGCAGGAAUGUACAAAGGGCUCGUACCAAAUCUUUUGAAGGUCGCACCAAGCAUGGCCAGCAGCUGGCUCAGUUUUGAACUGACGCGAGAUAUGCUCGUGAACCUGAAACCGGAGCCCGUGCCCAAGGAUGAGCCGCGAUGA